GGGAGCCGCCGUAGACAGAGCACCGACGCUCUGUGACCAGAGAGGAAUGUCCCCAAGUUUUGGAAUUUAAAACCAUGGCGAGGAUAUCGAGCCUCAGGAUCACCUGAACCUGGCUCCCACCUCGUGUCUCUACAGAUGAUAUUCCUGAUGAAGGCGUGCAACACUGAAAGAGGGACAGCGGAUCAAUAGGAGUAUUGUUUUCCCUCCCAUCAUCCCCCUUUUCCCUCAGUCUGUUCUUUAUUCCUUAAAAGAAGAAAAAGAGAAGAAAAUCCUGACUGUGGACUUGGUACCAGAGCUUGUGCUCCUUGUCCUCCUCCUCCUCUCUUUUUCCUUUCCCCACUCCCUAGGCCUUUCCUCCUGACAGCCCAGAAAUGUGUCCCCUAGCUCGGCCAGCGGCUUCCUCUGGCCAGGGGAACUUCUGUCUCCUCUUGGGGCUUUUGCUUGUCAUGAGCCUUAACUUCUCUGGAGGCCAACCCCCACCCUUCAAAAGAUUUGCCCCUAAUGAGUGGGGGCUUACACAUCUGGCCAUCCACAACAAAACUGGAGAAGUCUAUGUGGGAGCUGUCAACUGGAUUUUUAAGCUGUCUAGCAACCUGACCAAACUACGCAGCCACAUGACUGGCCCAGUGGUGGACAAUGAGAAGUGUUACCCUCCACCAAGUGUCCAGUCGUGCCCUCAUGACCUGGCCCAGACCCCCAAUGUGAACAAGCUUCUUCUCAUAGACUAUGCACAGAACCGCCUCAUUGCAUGUGGCAGCACUUCACAAGGGAUCUGCCAGUUCCUGCGUCUGGAUGACCUUUUCAAGCUUGGUGAGCCACACCACCGCAAGGAACACUACCUCUCCAGUGUGGCAGAGUCAGGGACCAUGUCAGGUGUUAUCAUAAGCUCCCCCCACAGUAACAAGCAAGCUUUUAUUGGAACACCAAUUGAUGGAAAAUCUGAAUACUUCCCCACCUUAUCCAGCCGUAAGCUGAUGGAGAAUGAGGAAAACGCUGACAUGUUUAGCUUUGUCUACCAGGAUGAGUUUGUCUCCUCUCAGCUGAAAAUCCCAUCAGACACGUUGUCUAAGUUCCCCGCUUUUGACAUCUAUUACGUUUACAGCUUCAGCAGUGAGCAGUUUGUAUAUUAUCUAACAAUGCAGCUGGAUACACAGUUGACCUCACCUGACGCCAGCGGAGAGCAGUUCUUCACUUCUAAGAUUGUCCGCCUCUGUGUUGACGACCCUAAGUUUUACUCUUACGUCGAGUUCCCCAUCGGCUGCACCAAAGACGGGGUAGAGUACCGCCUAGUGCAGGAUGCGUUCUUGGCUCGGCCAGGCCGGCAGCUGGCCAACUCUCUGGGGAUCUCUGAGAAUGAAGACAUCCUCUUCACAAUCUUCUCUCAGGGUCAGAAGAAUCGGGCCAAACCACCCAAAGAAUCAGCGCUGUGCCUGUUCACCCUGAGGAAGAUAAAAGAGAAGAUCAAAGAAAGAAUUCAGUCCUGCUACAAAGGAGAUGGGAAACUCUCCUUACCCUGGCUGCUUAACAAGGAGCUUGCCUGCAUCAACUCGCCGCUCCAGAUUGACGAUAAUUUCUGCGGCCAGGACUUUAACCAGCCUCUGGGAGGAACCAGCACCAUCGAGGGCAUCCCGCUCUUCAUCGACAAAGAUGAUGGUAUGACCUCGGUAGCUGCAUAUGACUACCGUGGCAACACUGUUGCUUUUGUGGGGACACGUAACGGAAAGCUUAAGAAGAUCUUGGUGAACUCUGUCAGUCCUAACCGUCCAGCAGUGCUUUACGAGAAGGUGACUGUAAGCGAGGGAGGAAGUCCCCUACUGAGAGACAUGCUGUUCAGUCCAGACCUACAGCAGAUCUACACGUUGACUGACAAACAGGUGGUGAGAGUUCCGGUGGAGAGCUGCGAGCAGUACACCACUUGUGGGGAGUGUUUGGGCUCCAGAGACCCUCAUUGUGGAUGGUGUGUCCUCCACAAUGUAUGCUCACGAAAGGAUCGCUGUGAACGAGCAGGAGAGGCCCAGAGGUUUGCAUCAGACCAAAGGCAGUGUGUGGAGCUCACUGUUCAGCCCAAAAACAUCUCUGUCACCAUGUCUGAAGUCCAGCUGGUCCUUCAGGCUCGUAACGUGCCUGACCUCUCAGCGGGGGUCAACUGCUCCUUCGAGGACUAUGUGGAGACGGAGGGACGGAUCCAGGGUGGACACAUUUUCUGCAUGUCUCCUUCCGUCCGGGACGUCAUCCCGAUCACGAGAAACAAAGGAGACAAGCGGGUGGUGAAGCUUUAUCUGAAAUCCAAGGAAACAGGCAAGAAGUUUGCCAGCGUGGACUUUGUGUUCUACAACUGCAGCGUCCAUCAGUCCUGCCUCUCUUGUGUAAACGGCUCCUUCCCAUGCCACUGGUGCAAGUACCGCCACAUGUGCACCCAGAAUGCCAAUGACUGCUCUUUCCAGAGGGGACGUGUCAACAUCUCUGAGGACUGUCCUCAGAUCCUCCCUUCCACCCAGAUCUACAUCCCUGUUGGAGUGACCAAGCCAAUCACCUUAGCUGCCAAGAACCUGCCCCAGCCGCAGUCAGGACAGAGGAACUAUGAGUGCGUCUUUCACAUCCAGGGAGAGACGCACAGUGUGCCUGCCCUGCGCUUCAACAGCACCUCCAUCCAGUGCCAGAAAACAGCGUACACCUACGAGGGCAAUGACAUCAGUGACCUGCCCGUGGACCUGUCUGUGGUUUGGAAUGGAAACUUUGUCAUUGACAAUCCUUACAACAUCAAAGCCCACCUGUAUAAAUGCUAUGCACUGAGGGACAGCUGUGGAAUGUGUCUGAAGGCAAACCCCAGGUUUGAGUGCGGCUGGUGCGUACAGGAGAAGAAGUGCUCCCUGAGGCAGGAGUGCACUCCUCCAGAGACCACAUGGAUGCACGCCACCACAGGAAACAGCCGCUGUGCACACCCAAAGAUCACCAAGUUACAUCCUGAGACAGGGCCCAGGCAGGGAGGAACCAUGCUGACCAUCAGUGGGGAGAACCUGGGUCUGCAGUUUAAAGACAUCCAGAACGGAGUCCGCAUCGGGAAGGUGGCCUGCAAUCCUCAGGAGGAGCAGUACAUCAGUGCUGAACAGAUUGUUUGUCGGCUGAAUGAUGCCACAGGUUACAGGGUGCAGGAGGCUCAGGUAGAAGUGUGUGUCAGGGACUGCAUUCACCCGGACUACAAAGCAGUCUCCACCAAAGCCUUCACCUUUGUGUCUCCAUACUUUACCCGCGUCUUGCCUUCCACGGGGCCUCUAUCUGGAGGAACCAGGAUUACCAUUGAAGGAAGUCAUCUCAAUGCAGGAAGUGCUGUAGCUGUGAAGAUAGGUCUUCACCCCUGUCGCUUUGAAAGGCGGGGCAACAAGGAGAUAGUGUGUGUGACCCCAGCAGGACAAGCCUCAGGGCACACUCCGGUCAUGGUGGACAUCAACGCUGCUGAGCUGAGGAACCCAGAGGUCAAGUUCAACUACACAGAUGAUCCAACCAUUCUGAAGAUCGAGCCUGACUGGAGUAUCGCCAGUGGAGGAACUAUGUUGACCAUCAUGGGAACCAAUCUGGCCACCAUCAAGGAGCCCAAAAUGAGAGCCAAGUAUGGAGCUGCCAAGUCAGAAAAUAACUGCACAGUUGUUAAUAACACAGUGAUGGUGUGUCUGGCGCCCUCCGUGGCUGGGUCUGACAAAAGCUUCUCGGAGGCAGGGACCAGUCCUGACGAGAUCGGCUUUGUCAUGGAUGACGUACGCUCUGUGCUGGUGGUAAACGAAACAUUCAGCUACCACCCGGACCCCGUGUUUGAACCUCUGAGCCCCUCGGGCAUGCUGGAGCUGAAGCCCAGCUCACCACUCAUACUCAAGGGGUCGUACCUAAUUCCUUCAGCUCCAGGAAACUCUAAGCUGAACUACACGGUGCUGAUCGGGGAGACGCCCUGUAUUCUCACCGUGUCUGACAGCCAGCUGCUGUGUGAAUGGCCCAAUCUGACCGGAGAGCACAAAGUCACAGUGCGUGUUGGAGGCUUUGAAUACUCACCGGGGACCUUGCAGAUCUACUCAGACAGCCUGCUCACUCUGCCUGCCAUCAUCGGUAUCGGGGGAGGUGGUGGCCUGCUUCUGCUUGUCAUCAUUGUGGUGUUGAUUGCUUAUAAGAGGAAGUCAAGGGACGCUGACCGCACCCUUAAACGGCUACAACUGCAGAUGGACAACCUUGAGUCAAGGGUGGCCCUUGAGUGCAAGGAAGCCUUUGCAGAGCUGCAGACAGACAUCCAUGAACUCACUCAGGAGCUGGAUGGAGCAGGAAUCCCCUUCCUGGAAUAUCGCACCUACGCCAUGAGGGUCCUCUUUCCUGGGAUAGAGGACCACCCUGUGCUCAAGGAGAUGGAGGUCCCUGCUAACGUGGAGAAGGCCCUGACACUGUUCGGACAGCUGCUGACCAAAAAGCACUUCCUGCUGACUUUCAUCCGCACCUUGGAGGCGCAGCGCUCCUUCUCAAUGCGCGACCGGGGCAACGUGGCUUCUCUCAUCAUGACGGCGCUGCAGGGGGAGAUGGAGUACGCCACGGGCGUCCUCAAACAGCUCCUGUCUGACCUCAUCGACAAAAACCUGGAGAGCAAGAAUCACCCCAAGCUCUUACUCAGGAGGACGGAGUCAGUCGCUGAGAAGAUGCUCACCAACUGGUUCACCUUCCUGCUUUACAAGUUCCUCAAGGAAUGUGCUGGUGAGCCUCUCUUCAUGCUGUAUUGUGCCAUGAAGCAGCAGAUGGAGAAGGGACCAAUAGACUCGAUCACAGGAGAGGCCCGCUACUCCCUCAGCGAGGACAAACUCAUCAGGCAGCAGAUCGACUACAAGACUUUGUCGCUGCACUGUGUGAACCCAGAGAACGAGAAUGCUCCAGAGGUGAUGGUGAAGAGCCUGAACUGUGACACGGUGACACAGGUGAAGGAGAAGCUCCUGGAUGCUGUGUACAAAGGCACACCUUACUCCCAGAGACCAAAGGCCUCCGACAUGGACCUAGAAUGGAGGCAGGGUAGGAUGGCUCGCAUCAUCCUGCAGGACGAGGACGUCACCACUAAGAUUGACAACGACUGGAAGAGAUUAAACACACUGGCUCACUACCAGGUGACAGACGGCUCUGUGAUUGCCCUGGUGCCUAAGCAAAAUUCAGCCUACAACAUCUCCAACUCCUCUACAUUUACCAAGUCUCUCAGCCGAUACGAGAGCAUGCUGAGGACAGCCAGCAGUCCAGACAGUCUGCGCUCCCGAACACCUAUGAUCACCCCUGACCUCGAGAGCGGAACCAAACUCUGGCACCUGGUCAAGAAUCACGACCACUCAGACCAGAGGGAAGGAGACAGAGGGAGCAAGAUGGUGUCUGAGAUCUACCUGACCAGACUGCUGGCCACUAAGGGUACGCUCCAGAAGUUUGUGGAUGACCUGUUUGAGACCAUCUUCAGCACAGCGCACAGAGGAAGCGCCCUGCCUCUUGCCAUCAAGUACAUGUUUGACUUCUUGGAUGAGCAGGCUGACAAACACUCCAUAUCAGACUCUGAUGUACGGCACACAUGGAAGAGCAACUGCCUUCCUCUGCGGUUCUGGGUGAACGUGAUCAAGAACCCACAGUUUGUCUUCGACAUCCAUAAGAACAGCAUCACAGACGCCUGCUUGUCCGUGGUGGCUCAAACAUUCAUGGACUCUUGUUCGACAUCAGAGCAUAAGCUAGGGAAAGACUCGCCUUCCAACAAACUGCUCUAUGCUAAAGACAUCCCCAACUAUAAGAACUGGGUAGAAAGGUACUACUCCGACAUCUCCAGGAUGCCAGCCAUCAGUGACCAGGACAUGAGUGCCUACCUGGCGGAGCAGUCACGCCUACAUGCAAACCAGUUCAACAGCAUGUCGGCCCUUCAUGAGAUCUACUCCUACAUCGUCAAGUACAAGGAUGAGAUCUUGUCGGCAUUGGAGCGAGACGAGCAGGCGAGGAGACAGAGACUGAGGAGCAAGCUGGAGCAGGUCAUUGACACAAUGGCCCUUACCAGCUGAGGACCAUCCAGCACCUCCAUCUCCUCUUCUUCUUCACUCCUCCUCUCCAUCUGUCUCUCCCUCUCCGCUCCUCUCACCCGGACAACAAACAAAACUCCAACCCCCCAACAAUAUGACAGACGAACUGCAAAAAGACUGAAGCAGUAAACUGUAAAAAAGGGGUGGGGGGGUUCAGCAGAGAUGGGCGGGCCUGUGUACGCUUACAUGUGUAUGUGUGUGUUUGUGUGCAGCCCCGUUCAGUGUGUGGGCUGGUGUCUGUGAGAGACUGGGACACCGGACUUGUUCACACUUGGACACGAGGAGAAACAUGGACUGACAGCAUUAGAUUAUUGUGGAUGUUGGUGUUUGUUGUUUGCUUGAUUUUGAUUUUAGGAGUUUUGUUUUGAUGACGUGAUGGUCGUCAAAGAAACAAAGGAAGACUGGACUGGAACUCCAUAUAUGGCAUCAUGAGCAGGAUGGACCAAUCUCAGAUGAGCCAAUGGAGAGAGGCCCUCUAGGUCAUGUGACUCCAACAAGUGUCACAGUUUUAAAGGAUGUUAGAUUUUGUUUUUAUGUUGUUGUUUUCUUUUUUGUAUAAAUGUAAUCAACUGCCCACUCUCUGAUCUCUCGCCACUUGUAUUACUGCUGAAUUUGCACAAUUUACAGAAACGUUACAAAGGAAGACGAUAUAGAUAUUAUAUAAAUACAGCUACGUUUUUAAAGAAAGAUUAGAGAGAAAACAUUUUUCUUUUCCUUCUAUUUCAGUUUGAACCAACAAACACAAUAAAAAAGACAACAAUAAGACAUGAUUUGAUAUUUCAAGUACAAAAAAAAAAAUAACGUAGACAAAAAAAACAACGAAAAAGAAACAAAAAAGUCGUACUGUGCCAUGUUUUCUUUGAAUGUUGUUUAGUGCAAAGACAUUUUGUUAGAUGGAAUGUGCUACCGUAUGAUUUUGAAUAUGAACAUGCCUAGUGACUGAAAAGAAAUGUUUGACCCAUCAUAAGAUCCUUUCUGAAAAAAAGUGUGAAGUGAGAUGACAGAAAGUCGCCCCUCUUCUCCAGUUAGCACAGUUCAUGGUGUCACGGUGUUGACAUGAAGUUGCUGUUGUUUUUAAUUCAAUCAGUGCAAUCUUUUGGUUUCAGAAAACCAAAUAUAUACAUACAGGAUUGUUGCUUUAUCAUGACUACGUUAGUAUCCUGCACCACGGCUGGUUCAAGGAGUGACGGUUCAGUGAAUCAUGGUUUAGUGACUGAAUAAUGAAGUAGCUACAUUGCACUACCUGAAAUAUUCCCAUAAGCCCUGACACCACGCAGCCAUCAUAUCUAUCUGUUGGGGUCCUGAGUUUUUGUUAUCAUCCCUUGAAGGGUCAUUAAUUUUCUGACACAGUCCUGUUAGAGAGUGUUGGCGCUCUCAGAAGCUGUUUACAGGAGCGACUCUGAGGUCAGAGGGAGCUUAGCCGAGAAACAAAGUGGGAAAAGCUGUUUUUAGCCUAAAGCCACUUCUGUCUUUCAUUCAUUUUCAAAAUGUUAAUACCCAAAUCCAAGGGCAAGGAAAAUCUAUAGAGCAUUCCUCUCCACCUUUAACCUAUCUAUUUGAGACAGAGGUUUUAGCUUUUUAUCUGUGGGGGGUAUAGAAAGAUAUGGAGGUGAGACACCUCUGUUCAUUAGGCUGAGUAAUCCUCCCCUUAGCCUGCAGCUCUUGUUUCAAACUAGCCUAUUGCCAUGUGUGGCUUAAGCUUUUUUUUAUUACUGCUCUGUUAAGAGGAUUUCUUUGUUUCUUUUUGUAAGUCUUGAAGUCAGGGUUUUUGACUUAGUGGUGAAAAAUGUUUUCAGAUUUUUUUUUUCUGCUUGCCGAAAACCAAACUGUGGUCUGUACAAUGUUUUUGUUAAUGUUUUCAUUUGUAAAUUGUAUACUUUUCAUGAUAAACAGAAGCUGUUUGCCAUUUUUUUGUUAUCAGGUUGUUUUUUGUUUUCAGUUUUGUUUCAUGUCUUUAUUUUCAACAUGUAAAUUGUACAUUUGACGGUACACAGAAGAUGAAAUUCUCUUUAGUUUGCCUGAAGUUGAAUUACUUGACCGAACUCAAGGUUUUAUUUUCCUGAUCUCAAGGAUCAAAAUGAAAUUGUUGCAUCAGAUGAGCGUUGGUGUCUUUGUGAUGGAAAUGUGACUUGCUGCUUUAACUCUUGUACUUUGAUUUUCUAUCAAACAUUAGGGCUGUCAUUUUAUGCUGAUCAUAAACGCUGUCGCUUUCCAUUUCUACGCCAGGUUCUUUUAAGAAUCAAAACAAUCCUCUCCCAUCCAAGAAAAGUGAACACACUCCCCAAAUUAAUAUCAGUACACCUUUUUGUUUACAUGUCUGAGAUGUGACAUUGCUCUGCACAGCUGCAUACAUCUGAGCCGAGUUCAGCCAGCUAACUGUUUAGACCUCAUAUUUCAUUCUGUAUCAAAACCAGUCUUUAGGGACCACUCUGCCAACGUUAGAAUAAAAUGUCUCCUGUUGGCUUACUGAGCUGGUAAUACACUGAAUAAUCUCUGUUAAAUAAUGUAACUUUAAGAGAGAACUGCAAAAUAUUCUACUUCACAAGCAUUUCAAACACAUUUGAAUGAUCAGUAAACUACAACAGGACAUAUCCACUGGCUCCAUGCUAAAGCACACUCACAGACACCAAACAAGGCUGCAGUGCCCCUCUGGUGAUCUGUCAGGCUUUUUAAAGACACUUCAAACAUUCUCAGUCUUUCCUCAGGUUCAUGCUCCAUUUGUGUCAUAUUCUGGUUGUAAUUUGGUUGAUUUAAAUGGCUGCUGGGGGGAGCUGGAUGUUUAUCGUUUGCAUGGAUACUUUCUGUCUAGAUCGACCUGGUUUUGCAAGUCUGGGCCCAUUUUUAGAGAAUAUUCCCAACCAUCAUAAUCUGCCUUCCAUUUUGCUGUGAGAAGUGACUUGUGUUCAUUGGUUAUUUUACAGCAUGUACGUUUUCGGAGGAGUUUUUGGUGUCAUCAGGAAGAGGAAUCAACUUCUGAGCUAGAACAUGUCUCCAGAACAACAUGCUGGUUUUUUUUAUAUUGAAUCAGAACAAAUUAACAAGUGAAGUUUACUGGGAUCAGUGUGAGCAGACAGCACAGUCAUAUAUCUCAUGUUUAAUUCUGAGCCGACUAAAUGUGCUUUGUCGCACUUUUCAAACAACCUUAGUAGCUAAAAUGAACCCUGAGUCCUGGCAUCAUCCUGUUUUCAGUUUUUUGCUGUUUUUCUGCUUCCUUCUGAUUCUGGAUUAUUCAGUAGUUGCCCUCUUUUUUAUUUUCUUUUGUAAAUUGAAGUUACAUAGAAUCCAAGGAAAAAACUAAGCAAAUGAAUUUGGGACAGAGUUGGCAAAGGAAUUUAUACUACAAUAACUCAGACACAUGCAGAGUUUCAGACUUGAAGCGACUGUCACAAGUUUGCAGGUUAACAUUCAUUGUGUAAAUAUUCUGUUAUUUCCUAUUUUGCAGAUUUACUACUUGUAAAUAAACACACAUCAAGGAGAGAUUAAACAUUUUUUGCUAAAUAAAA